AUGGCUGGGCGCACGGAUCCCACUUUUCCAGCGGGCAAGUACAAUGUCCAGUUGGGAGGAAAUGACAAGCGUGAGAGUCAUUUCAGCAGACAACUUGGUGUAGACACUCCCAGAACAGACAAUGACUAUCGGUUCCUCGGACUGUGCAUCGAUCACCACCUAUUUAUCGCAAACAUAAACAUGAUCGCGUUGCCGGCAUUCUCUAAACUGCAAUCUGUCGAGUAG